AUCAUCAUUUGCAUGCAGAAGAUCUGCACAGGAACUAUGCAAACCUUCUGCUAGAGACCUGAGCCAACGCUUCUUCUAGAUUCUGCAUUGGGAUGAGUUAUAAAAUGGCAGCUGUUGGUGUAAUCUUCAUUCUCCUCCCCAUGACAUGGGCCUGUGCCCCUCAGAAAGCUGAUUACGUCAUGGUGUCAUGUUUUCCCAAUGCCAUCAUUGCAAACGUGCCCGAAUGUCCAUAUGGAUGGGAGAUUGGCCAGCUGUCACUGGGCGGCAUGUGCUACAACGGCAUUAACACUCCGGGCUUCUAUCGUUUCACCAUCCCAGACCUGACUCCAAAAAAUUACUCCUACUGCGGCACCCUGUCCGAGUAUGUAGGAGGCAAAGACCCACGGUACAUAUUCUAUAACUCAAUAGUAUCCAACGACUCCUCUCUCACUGUCCGGAACCAGCCCGUCAACUACACAUUCAGCUGCACUUAUAAAGCGGCUUAUCUGGUCAACAAUGCUGUUUUUAGCCAAAGAGUGGCAACAGUUUAUGUCAACAACGGGAGUUUAGGUUCUUUUAAGUCUCAGUUGUCUAUGAAUGUGUUCACAAACUCAAAGUUCCUCUAUGCAAAAGAUGCACCAUAUGUGAUUGACACAUCAGAGAUCGGAUCUGAGGUUUUCAUUGGCAUUGAAGCAAAAGGACUCAGUAAUCGAUUCAAAGUAGUAAUAACAAAUUGCUGGGCAACACCUACUCCAUUUUCAACAGACAAGAAACGGUGGACUUUAAUUCAGAACAGCUGCUCUUUAGACAACACAGUCAUCAUAUUUGAAAAUGCGAAAGACAGUCGGUCCAUGUUCAAGUUCAACUCGUUCCGCUUCCAGCGGCUAGAGAAAGUUUCCACCGUGUGGCUCCAUUGUGAGGUCCAAGUAUGUGAUGGGGAAAAGCUAUUCUGUCAGCCGACUCCAUGUACAUCAAGAAGCACUGAAUUUGAGCCUGAUCCUAAUGGAGGGAUCCUGACUAUGGAGUUUCAAGUCAGAGCACAACACUCCUCUAGUUAUAUUCAUCCUGCAGGUAAGUUAGAACUAUCAAUGCAAUGCAGGACACAUGAUUUUCAUAUAUUUAUAUAUUCUAUAUUUAAGUACACCACCGUUUUACAGCAUUACAGCUGAUUUUAUAUUCAUUAAAAAUCCUUUUUUUUUCAAAUUUGAAACGAUCUUAUCAAACAUAACCAAGUCAAGUUCUUGAUAUAAUGUUAAAUAUUUCCUGUUCUUGUUCUUCUAUUUAACAGGCCCAUUUCUGUGUCUGCUGGCCAUAUUUCUACUGAAUGAAUAUUUAGGAUAUUUCAGUUGGUAAUGGGGCCAGAUGUAGGUCACUCAAAUGCAAUGAAUCAUGCCUUUGCACUCAUACAAUUACAGACAAAUAUUUCAAAAUAGACACGCAUGCAUGAAUACACCCACACACAGCAACCAUACGUGUCUCAGGGAGUGUAUUCCUUUGCAAUGUUCACUUGCAUUUUUUUUUCAUUUUUUUUUUACAGUUUUUUAUUUGGGUAUUCCUUGCAUGAAUAUUGGUAGAACGAGAAAAUAAUCUCUGAAGAAGGUAUUAUCAAUUGUUAAUCUUUAGUUGAACAGAAAGAGACAUAUUCUUGUUUUUAUCUUGUUUGCAUGAUAUACGUAUAAAAUAUUUUGAAAUGUAAAAAAAAAAAAAAAUACAUUUUAAAUA